GAAACAGUCGGGAGCUGCAGCUGGACUGAAGGAUGAGUUUCAUGUGGAGAAGUAUCGUUAGUAACUCUCGGCUCUGCCUCUCGUCUGUCAGAGCAGCUCCGUCCUCCUGUCGGCUGCUCCACAUGGGACAGCGAGCCUCCCUCACCAAAGCAUUCUCCACCCGUGAUGUUGAGCUGUUCGCCGAGCUGACGGGUGACACCAACCCCCUCCACCUUGACCCGGUCUACGCGAAGACCACCUCCUUCGAGACACCCAUCGUCCACGGCGUCCUCAUCAACGGCCUGAUUUCAGCCGUGCUCGGCACAAAGAUGCCCGGCCGUGGCUGCGUCUUCCUGUACCAAGAGAUCCGCUUCCCGGCGCCGCUCUACAUCGGCGAGGAGGUGCUGGCUGAAGCCGAGGUCCACAAGAUCAAGAUGUCGUUCGCCUUCAUCGCCGUGACGUGCUCCGUCAAGGACAAGGUGGUGAUGGAGGGGGAGGUGAUGGUGAUGAUGCCUGAGGAUCAGCAGCAGAAGGAGUGAGAGGAGGAGGACACACCGCGCUGCUCUGCGUGUGCCAGCUUAACUUGGAUGAAAAAGAUUUUUCUGCUUGAUGGAAUUUGCUCCAUGAUGCUGUUAUUUUUGUUUUUCAUUGAUCGUGUACUUGAAUCCUGGCAACAAGAAGUUGACCACAGAGACAUGUCAGUCAUGGAGGAUUUAUUUUUUUUAGUGUGUUUAAUGUGUAAGAUCUGCCCAGUAUCUUGGUUAAAGUGUGAAAUCUGUGUGGAAUAAAAACGCUCAACAACAA